UAGACCGCAUGAAAAAAAAAAGGGGGGAGGCUGAAACGAAACAAAUUGUCUCAGAUGAAAAAACGUGUCUCUCACUAGGGGACAGGUCAGUCACAUUACAGGGACAAAGAUUUCACUCCAAAGUUUGUUCCUUUGAGACGAAAAUAAUUCAUCUUUUUUAUAUGCUCCUGCAUUGUCAUAUCAACAAAGCAAUAUUGGGGACGACAUUUGCUCUACAAUCAACUGAACAUUUUCGUUGAAUAGCUAUUGUGUUGUGUUCAGAAUAGUUGUGUGAAUAGACAGUUCAACAAGUGUUGUGGAUAUUGUGUAAGAUGGUAGUCUCCUUACCUACUCAAGUAGUAGUUGGGGAGUUGAUGGACACCUUUGUUUAGAAAGGGGAGAGAGCUUGAUGUGUUCAAUUCCUAACACACACACACAUUUGACAGUGCCUUCCAUUUGCUAUGGAGUACUUACGGCGAUCGCUAAGUCUUACUGUCGUAGUACUGAUAGUGUUGUUAGUCCCCAGUGUGACGCCACAGAGCAAGUGUGACCGGAAGAAGGCGGAGCUAUGCGUGGCCCAGAUGGAGGACGUCAUCACAGGUGUUCUGGAGACGACCACUGGUGUAUCGAGGACAGAAAAACUUCAACAACUGUGUCUGAAUGUUAUCAAGGGAAAUAACCUGACCCAAUGUUUCAUUGAAGCCACUGCAGGAUGCUCAGAGCCUGCCCAAGUUGCUCCAACAGAUGUUGUGCAGAGAUGGGAGAAAGUGAUGCAAGAUCUGUACGGGCUCUGUGAUGGAGCCUGUCCCAACUUCCUGGAGAAGACGGUGAAUAUAACUCAAUGUACAGGAAUCAUUCGCUUCGAUGCUCUGUACGAUUCUUCCUACACAGUCUUUUGCAAUUCCUUGAACCAAAGUCUCCAAUGUGUCAGUGAGACGUCAGAGAAAUGUCCGCAGUUCAGCCACUUGUUUUACGAUUUGUUACCAGAGGGCAUGGAUCAGACAGCGUCCACCAUUUGCACGGGAGGUUGUGACAACUUCGACCAGGCGCUAGAGAUGUUGGAAACAUGUAAGAAAUACGUCCUUGACCUUCCAAACGAUCUCAAGGAAGCCUGUGUGUCCUACGAGAACUUCAAGACAUGCAUUCGACUGUCCGAGGCUCCAGUGGCGUGUCCGAUGUUUGGAUCGCUCAUGGAGGUGCUCUACCCCCAACAUAUAUUUGGUCUGUACGAGCAGAACUGCAAUCGAAGUCUGGACGACAGUUCCGUUGAUAAAUGUGGUGCCAUCGGCAUAGCCCGUGUCGAUCACUGUUUGAGAAUCUUUGCAUUGGCCUGGCCACCAAAGCCGAAAACUCCAACAGAGCAGCAAUGCAGAGAUUACGCAUCUGCGACCAAAUGUCUGGAGCGAGCAGGUUUUGGAGAGUGCGCUUCAUUGCGACAAUAUUUUAACGGGAAAACAGAAGGCAAACAGGCAAUCAAACAAAUGAUGAGAGAAAAGUGUCCAGGACUAGAGUCUUCCGGCAGACCUUUGACCGCCUGGGUUUUGGGCACUCUCAUAUCUUUACUGAUGUCUACGCUCCUGAGUUUAUGAACCAGCAAAUUUCAUCGUACAAUACAGUGGCUUAGCUAGGAAUUCGCCAUUAUUUGGGGGCCCGGAGGCUUGACUUCUUUGGGAGCCCCUGCCUUUUGCGUAAUAUUUAAUAUUUAACGUCAAAAACACUGCCCCCCCCCCCAAAUAAGCGGGAACCGGGGAAAUUUUAAAAUUCUCCACCUCCCCCCCCACCCUAGCUACGCCACUGGUACAAUAUUAAGUUAUAUGUGUGAGUUGUCAUCAAUGUCAUCUUGGAAUGUCAUUGAGCUAGUGUUUGAAAGAAUGUUGUCAUUAACCCAAUCCAAGGCUUUCGAUGUCAUGGCGUUUAUCAAAUGUGAGAGAGUUAACUUUCCUUGGUGAGUGUGACUGAACGCGAUUGAUGUGUAUGUGUGUGUGUGUGUGUGUUUAUAUGAGGGCCGGUCAAAAGGGAAAAAAAGUCUGUUUGUAUAUAUCAAAUGCAGCAACAUUUUUCUGUAUUUUUUAAAAUUCACAUAUUAUGUUUGUGUACAGUUAUUUGAACAAGUGUCCAUAAUUUUGUGUUUGCUUUGCGAUCUGAAAAUAACAAACAACGCAACAAUACCUUGGUUAUGGCAAGAGGUCUGGCUUUAUUGACAGAUGUACAGAUUUAGCUUGGGGGCUCUUAGCUUUUAAAUCGCUGUGACUUCUCAUAUGAUAUAUAUAUGUAUUUUUAAUAGGUACUUAAUUGACACGGCCGUAGCUAGGAAUUUUCCUUCAUUUGGGUUACGCGUAGUUACGCCACUGUUGAAUUGAAAAUAUCUUUUAUCAAUGAAUUAUAUUUUUAAACAAAGAGAUCUUUUAGAUAGAACCAUGGGAAGUUUUUUUAGUAUAUGUACUAAUGGAAAGUAAAUGUGACUGAUCAGACAUAAUUAAUUUUAAUUAUUUCCUUUAAUCUCCACAUCGAAAAUAAUUUUACUUUUAAUAACAACAAGCUUAUUAUUGAUAGUUCAACCGAUACUUUUUACGAGGGUGUCUUGAACGUGAAGUCAAAAGGUAUGGAAUGAACUAAGAUGGGAAACGAACCGAAACCGAACUUUAAAUAGAUUCCCAUCUCCAGCAUAUAGACGUUUGAUGAACUUUAGACUUUUUUUUGUUCUAUUUCAUUUUAUUGUAUUCAAUGCUAUUCUGGAUAUAAAAGGAUGACUUAUUCCUGUUUAAAGAUUUUUUUUUUUGUUUUUAAAAUGGUUUUCAAGCUUUCACAUAUUUUGCUGCGCUAAAAUAAUUUGCUUGGCUCUCCGGAAUGAACAAAUUUUCUUCUAAAAUACUUUUUAUUAGAUGAAAAAAUGACGUGUCUCAAAAGCGACGGCUGAGAAGGAUCCUAGAAAUAAUUUACCGAGAUCAUGUCACCAAUAGAAGUUGUUUUUUUUUUUCCACACGGGUACUUGUCUCCUGAUUAAGUGGUGACCUUAAGUCGUAAGAGAUUUGCGGGACGUAACCUUUGACAAAACGAAACACGUUGACCCGGAGUCAGCCAUAACAUGGGGGCCGAAAGGGGUAAAGACAAAACAAGGCCGUCCACGUGUAACAUGGUUGCGUAACUCCUUAGAUAAUGUAAAGUCAGUGGGCACCAACUGGGAAGAGGCUGUGGAAGGCGCCUUAGGAUCGCGCUUAAUAGAGGGAGCUUACCGCCCUAAACGUUGAACUGUGUGGGAGGAUCUAAUUAAGUCAAUCGGAACAACCAAUUUGUACUGUCUGAAAAUCCCCUUUUAUUUUCUUUUUUUUUCCCAACUUUAUUAUUAUUUUUUUAUUACAUGUAAUUUUUAAAAUGAUUUACUUGUCAUGUAAGAGUUUUCUUAGUGUAAUGACAUGAAAUAGAAAGAACCUUUUUUUUUUCUGUUUCAAAAAAAAUUUUUAAAUAUUUUUUUUCUUUGCAUCUCUAAAAGAAUGCACUUCAAAACAAAUAGUUACAAUCGUAUAUAUAUAUUGUCUAUGGUUACAAUGUAUUUCAAACAAGUGUAUGUGUAAAUAUAAACGUGGAUUUCACAAAGACAUAACAUUUGUUUUGAUGUUCGUUGUGUGAAUAAAUGAGGUCUAUGUAAUUUAACAGAACCAAAAAAAAAAUUAAUAAUGUUUAUAUAUCUAUUACAUUUUAACAGAUAAAGGGAAUUGACCAGGGUCACUGCAUCAUAAAUAUCCCCUAAUCGCCUUAUAAUACAUUCAUAGUAUAGUCAGUUUGUUCUAUAAUGUAACUUUAACCAAUUACGCUGCUAUGUCAGCCUAGGAAAUGAAUGUAAUGUAUCCAUGAAGACCAUACAUGUAUCUAGGCCACCAGUCUUUUUGAAUCUAAAGUGGUCAUUGAUUGGUAGAUAUAUCUAUAUUCUAAUGCAUGGAUGUUGUGACUGUGUUAGUAACCGACAAGUUGUUUUAACAUAAGUUAUUGGUUAUGUAAUAUUCCUUCAUAAUAAAUCAUUUAAAACCUACA